AAAAAGGGUGCUCGUGACAAUUUUCUCGUGCUGUGGACAUUAUUAUCACAGACUAGUGUGGUCUGUGAUUAUUAUUUUCCCGCGCGUUGCAACGCUUUUGUACUUCCUAACCUAAUUCCAAGUGCGUACAUGGAUAGUAGUCUGAUUAAUAAAACAAAUCAAAAAUAUUCCUGUAAACUAGUGUUUGCAUUAUAGGACGACAUGCCAAAACAUAGAAAAAGCCAAGUAUGGGAGUUUUUCACCCGAUGUAAUAAUCAAAACUGUAAGUGUAAUUUAUGCGGAAGAAUUUACAAAACUGGUGGUGGGACCACAAACCUAAAUAAUCACCUUAUUCGAAAACACCCAAAAGUCAAUGCUAUUAAUUUCAAAAAACAUGUCGCAGAUGAAGCCAGAGUGAACAAGAAACCAAGGAUCGACUUUGAUUUGACAAACUCAACGCCUUCAACGUCUCAUAGCAAUGCAGAAGGAGGAGAUGCAGCGAAGGAGAUUGAAAAUGAAGCCCUAGACUCUCAGCAUGAGGACAGUGAUGACAGUUUUGAAGAGAAUUUAAUAGAAGUUCAUAGUAUCGGGAGUGCCAGUACCAUUACUGCAAGCAGUACAAGCAACAUAAACUAUAAUGGUAGUAACAGCUCGCAUCUCUCUCAACCUAGUAUUCACCAGAUUUUUAAUGCACAAAGAUGUUAUGAAUCUGGAGGGUCAAAAGAAGCAAUGUUAACCCAAGCUUUAAUCUUCAUGAUAUGCAAAGACAAUUAUCCAUUGCAAUGUACUGAAAAAGAAGGUCUCAAAAGGCUUUUAAAAGUAGCAGUGCCGUUAUAUCAUGUUCCAAGUAGGAGUACAAUUACAAAAUAUGUUGAACAGAAGUACAACAGCCUGCAAAUAUUUGUUAGCAAAAAAUUGCAACAAGCUCACCAUCUUGCCUUAACAACAGACAUUGCAACAGUGAUCAAUGCGACAAGAAGUUUUAUAGUUUUAACUGCCCAUUUUAUCAAUGAAGAAAAUAAUGAAAUGGUUACUAUUGCACUUGGUGUGAGUAAUCUGACACAGCACCAUACAGCAGACAAUAUAAGCAAUGAUUUGCACACUAUGUUGAAUAACUGGAAAAUUUUAAAAGAAAACAUUGUUUCAAUUACGACUGAUAACGGUGCAAAUAUUGUUGCUGCUGUAAAGAAAAUUAUGUCACAGACUUCUAAUCAUUUCCAUGUCAGUUGUUUUGCGCACAAUAUAAACUUAGUGAUAACAAAGGCAUUAGGAAGUUGUCCAGAUGUUGUCACCAUAAUUGAAAAAGUAAAGACAAUUGUUGCUUAUUUUAAGCACAGUAAUGUUGCACAAGAUCAGUUAAGAUAUGAACAGAAAAAUGAAGGAAAAAAGGAUGGAACAUAUCUGUAUUUAAUACAAGAGGUUCCCACUAGAUGGAACUCCACGUUUUAUUGCUUACAAAGGUUUAAAUACCUAUCGGGUCAUGUUGGUAAAAUUUUACUGUCGUCUGAACACCAAAAAGCUCCACCAAUGUUGACUGCUAAUGAGCUGGCAAUUAUUGAUGAGUGUUUGAAGUUACUUGGGCCAUUUGAGGAUGCAACUAAAAAUAUAUCAGGCGAAAAAUAUGUCUCAGGAAGCUUGGUGAUACCCAUGACCAACUGUAUUAAAACCUCCUUACAUAGAAUCAACGUCAGUAAUCCCUUUGCUAAAAACUUAAAAAAAGAACUUGAGGCACAAAUAGAAAAAAAACUUGAUCCUUUAGAAACAAAUAUUCUUUUGUCAAUAGCCACAAUUGUAGAUCCCAGAUUUAAGCGUCUUCAUUUUUCAUCAGCAAGAAAUGUUGCCAAUGCCAUUACAAUAAUAAAAAACGAAGUUAAAAAAGAACAUCAGAAUCAAGGAUCGCUCACUCCACCAGUACAUCCAAAUAUUAUAGAUGAUGUAGAUGGAUGCAUUUGGAAUAUCCAUGAUGAGAUAGCCUCAAGGCACUUACCUGAUUCAGAUGGUUGUGAUGGAUUACCCGCAGAGUUAAAAUUAUAUUUGAAUCAACCGAUUCAACCAAGAACUCGACAUCCAAUACAGUAUUGGAAAGAAAAUAAGAAUGCAUUUCCAGGAACGUACAAAGUUGCCAUGAAAUACCUCACUGUCUUGGGAGCUUCAGUUCCAGCAGAACGCCUGGUAUCUACACUUAAUAAUGUUUGUUCUGAUAAAAGAAGUCGUUUGACACCACAGCACAUCAAUGAGUUAGUAUUUCUUAAUUCUUUGGAUAUAACCCCGAAGUUAAUCAAUGAUAUUGAUAUUGCAGUAAACCAGGAGUAUAAUAGAUUAGAACCUCCCGAUCUGAAACUCCCGGAACCUCCCGAUCUGAAACUCCACGGUCUUCACGGAAUUCUAAAAGAAGCCGGACCAAUCAGCAAAUAUGCAUCCACUUGUAACAAAAUUCCCAGAUGCAACCUAUUAUUGCAUUUCCGGUGUCCAGUCUAUUUCUUUGUUACGCACCCCAUUGUCUUGCCGCUGUCACAUAAAACACCCAACCCAGAUCCGAGGAGACGCGAGUGCCUCUCUCGCCUCACCCUCGUCCUGGCCCUGCUAGGGAACGUACUUUCGGUCACGUGGAUGGGUAGGUAUGGUCGGUUGGCUAUGUAUCUCUGGUUGUAA